AUGAAGAGAUCAGCUAUAAUAUUCAUUGGUAUUCUGCUUUUUUCAACAUGCACACCAAUUCUGGCACGAACUGGAUAUCAACCAUGCACAAAAGACCCUGAUUGUGUUAGACUCAAAUGUCCAUCACCACUAGGACACCCCAAGUGUGUGAAUGGUGGUUGUGAAUGCCCCUUUGAAGAACAUGUGGCGUUACCAAAUGAUACUAAUUGUGAUGUGCAUGCUUGCGUUGACUAUUGCGCAGGUAAAGGCGAGGAAGCUUAUGCUUGUCUUUUGAACCAAUGUUACUGUCGCAAACCUCCCAUGUAG